AUGGAGCAGCUCCCAAAGCCCAGCCCAAAGCAGAUGACGCCACCCACCCACAGUGAUUCCUUCUCCAGCAGGUUCCUGGGCCAGAUCCUUCAGCUCAGAUUGGUCAAGUACCCGCUGAAGCUCCUUCAGAAAGCGUCUGUCUGGAUUGGAUUAGUGACCCCUGUUGAGACCCUCAGGAGCAAGCUCUGCCCCCCAGACCAGUCCCCCACGUGGCCUGGAAAGCUCGUGCACCUUCUGCUCUCCGUGACUCCCACCAGGAUCCAGAACUUCCUGGGAUACCUCCUGGCAGAGUGGGACCAGAGCAACAUGUCCAAGGAGCUCCGGAAGGCUCUGAGCAACCCAGCCUGGAACGGGGAUGAUGAUGUGGCUCCAAAGCAGCAGCAGACCUGGCUGGUGUUUCUGGAGAUGGAUUUGCCAGAGGAUGACUCUGAUGACUUCACGUAUGAGCCCUCGGUGAUGGAGUCAGACAGUGACGAGUACCAGUCCCACAGUGACACCGACCUGGAGCUGGAGGAGCUGGGUGGGGUCACUGUGCAGGAGGCCUUGGCUGUCCAGGGCCCCAUGUCCCUGGAGCGGGAAGCAGAGGAUUCAACUGUGGCCAGUGGUGAUGACAGCGAGCAGGAGACUGACAUAUCCUGUGACGCAUCCUGUGACACCAGCACAUCUCAGGAUGGGGAAAACUAUGAAGCCUAACUUGUGCACCUGAACCUUCUGGGGCUGCAAAGUGCCUGAUUCCCUGGGACAGCCAUUGCCCUGAUGAAGAUGUCCAGUUAAAGGCCGUGUUCAUGUUGUUUGUUUCCUUCUUCUGAAGUUUGUAAU